AUGAAUGGAGAUGUGAUGGAUUACAUCAAGAAAUGUGACAAGUUCCAACGCUUCACCAACAUUCCCCGAGCGCCUCCAAAGUGGCCUUUUGCUGUCUGGGGCAUCGACCUUAUGCGACCUUAUGCCAUAGUGGUCGUCGACUACUUCACAAAGUGGGUUGAAGCCAAACCACUCGCUACGAUCACCUCUAAAAAGGCCUUGGACUUUGUCAUCAAGAACAUCGUUUUCCAGUACGGGCUCCCGAGGAAGAUAGUCUCCGCCAAUGGAUUGCAAUUAGACAGCAAAAUAUUCACGAACUUCUGUCAAUGGCAUGGAUUCAUCAACAGCUUCUCCUCCGUGGCCCAUCUGCAAGCCAAUGGCUAA